GUAAUUGCCACUGCCCGUCGUUUAUCUGCUAUCGAAGAUUUACGAGACAAGGGUGCUCGAAUUCUCACGUUAGAUGUCGAUGAUAAGCCUGAACGACUGAAAAGCUUCGCAGUUGAGGCGAUUGGCGCGUUCGGCCAAGUGGAUAUACUCGUCAAUAAUGCUGGGUGGCUUCUUGCCGGAGCGAUCGAGGAGAAUAGGCCAGAGGAAAUUCAAGCUCAAUUUAAUACUAAUUUUUUCAGUGUGAUCAAUGUUACGACUGCAUUCCUGCCACAUUUUCGCAGCAGGAAGACUGGGACGAUUGUCAACAUCAGUUCUCAGGGAUCCUAUCUCGCUCUUAGUGGUGCAGGCAUUUAUAGUGCCAGUAAAGCUGCUCUCGAAUGUCUCACCGAAGUCUGGUCGAAUGAACUUUCCCCUUUCAAUAUUCGA